AUGAAUAUUGAGAAAGUUUUUGAGUCCAUAUCACUGGAGGAGGAGGAGGUACCUUUUAACCUACCGGAUUUACCUGAAUUCAGCGCUGUGGAGAGGAAUAAGAUGAGUAUAAUGGGAAGAACUUUAAACCCAGAAAGUCAAAAUAUCAGUGAUCUGAUUUUGGAUAUGCCAAGGAAGUGGCAAAUAUAUGAUAGAGUUAAAGGGAUUGUUCUAUCGAAAACGACUUUCCAGUUUGUGUUCAAGUUCGAACAUGACCUUGAAGAAGUGAUGAGGAAACGGGUGUGGACGUUUAAUGAAUGGAGCAUUGUGAUUGAUCGGUGGGUAGAGAAGCCACCUGAAGAUUACCUAAAGUAUUUGCUGGUGUGGGUGCAGAUUCGAAAUAUUCCGGUGAAUCACUAUACUGCAGAAGCUAUUGAAGCCUUUGGGGAUUUGAUCGGGAGGGUGGAUGUGGUUGCUUUUGAUCCAAACAAAGCUCAAAGCCAUGACUAUGUGCGGGUCAGAGUGUUUUUUGAUGUGUCACGACCAGUGAGAAAGGAGAAGGUUAUUAAUUUACCUGGAGGUGGCUCUGUUACUCUUCGUUAUGAUUUCGAGAGGAUUCAGAAGCGAUGCUAUCACUGCCAACGAUUGACCCAUGAAAAAGAUAAAUGUCCUUUGCUUAUUCAGGCGAGAAGGGAGCAAUCUGAUGCGAGGAGACAGAGAGUUGUGGCAGCGAAACAGAGCAGUGAACACUGUAUUCAGAAGAAUGACCCCCUCUAUGGAGUUCUGUCUGAUGACCAAGUGGGCAUUGAUAGGGCUACAGGAAGAAGUAAAAUCAAUCCUGAUGUGUUGCAGAACAUGAGAGAGUAUAUCCUGGCCGCAGAUGGUGGUGAAAAGCGGGUGCGGGAAGAACGCGUGAGACAGUCUAUCCUGGAUUUGGAGAAGAAUCCUAGGGGUCAAAAAGAAUUUCUGAGGCUAGAGCCGGCUCCAGUUGUCAUUUUAGAUGUGAACAGGGAGAAAGGUUUGAUAUUUGACUAUUCCGGCAAGGACUGCGAGAAGGCUAGCAAAAAAUAG